GCGAAGGUAGGUAAGCAUUACUUUACUCCUCUCUUUCCUCUUAUAUCGCCCUUUUCCUUUUUCUAAAUUCUAUUCUAAACAUGUAAUUCUAUUCGUGCAAUUUGUGCAUUAUUUAGGAAAUUAUAUAUACCAUAAUGUUUCUUCAACGUAGUUCUCGCUUAUUUCAAAGGCAAUGGCGACUUGGCCGAAGCCUAAGCCGUACCGCCGAAUCUCAAGUACGUGCCGCUAUGAUAAGAGGAUUCCAUUCGACUAGGAAUUUACAAGUGGUGAAACCAGUUCUACUAGCCGAUAUUGGCGAAGGCAUCGUAGAAUGUGAAAUAAUACAAUGGUUCGUCGAGACUGGCGCCCGAGUCGAGGAGUUCUCGCCCUUAUGCGAGGUCCAGAGCGAUAAAGCUUCCGUCGAGAUCACAAGUCGGUUCUCCGGCGUCGUGAAGAAGUUGUAUUACGAGGCCGGCGAGAUGGCAAAGGUGGGCAAGCCAUUCGUAGAUAUCGACAUACAAGGCGGCGCAAGCCAGGAAGCAUUAGACACACUCACCGCUCCUGAACCCGCGAGAGAAGGUGUCUCGGAACCUUUGAAUAGGGACUCGUUAAGCCAACCACCACAAACUCGAGGCUCUGCAGAUGGAGCCACCGAGGUCUCUGUACGAGAAUCGAACCCCCAACGACCUCCGGCGAGGAACGACAAAGCUAAAGCCAUAGCGGUUCCAGCCGUUCGAUUUCUGGCUAAGCAAUUAAAUAUCGACAUAAACGACAUUGAAGGGACAGGUAGAGAUGGCAGAGUUAUGAAGGAAGACAUCUAUAAAUUUAUCGAAAAGAGAGAUUCCCCUGCCCAGCCUGCUGGACAGAGUACUCUAUUCCCCAGCAUACCAACGGAGACGGAGAAGCAAACCGAGACUGCAGUACAACUCACUAAUACACAACUUCAAAUGUUCAAGACCAUGACUCGGUCAUUGACGAUACCUCAUUUCCUUUACGCCGAUGAAAUUGACUUCUCUCAAUUAUAUGAGCUGAGAAAACGGCUCAAUAAAGUCGUAGCGCAACUAGCGAGAGAGGGGGAAAUUUCAAAAUUAACUUACCUACCUUUUAUUAUAAAAGGCGUCUCCAUGGCUUUACACCAGUAUCCAAUACUAAAUGCGCGCGUUGACGUAACCGGCGAGGCCUCGAAGCCAACACUCGUCCAUCGCAGUCAACACAACAUUGGCGUCGCCAUGGAUACCCCCUCGGGGCUAUUGGUGCCCGUGAUUAAAAAUGUAGGAGCGAAGAGUGUGCUUGCUAUAGCUGCAGAACUAUCUCGUCUGCAGUCGCAAGCCACGGCUGGGAAACUGUCUCCACAGGAUCUGAGCGGCGGUACCAUAACCGUGUCCAACAUAGGGAAUGUUGGAGGCACGUAUGUCUCGCCGGUCAUUGUCGAGAAGGAGGUGGCGAUCCUAGGCAUCGGGCGCAUGCGCACAGUCCCAGCCUUCGAUGAUCAGGACAAGGUCGUCAAGAAGCACGUCUGCAACUUCAGUUGGUGUGCCGAUCACCGCGUCGUGGACGGCGCAACCAUGGCUCGCGCCGCCGAGGUCGUGCGCAAGAUCGUUGAGGAGCCGGACAUUAUGACCCUACACCUGCGAUAAUCUCACCUCCUUGUCCCUGAUUCCCUUGAUGCCCAAGAUAAGCGUCGGUUGGGAGACACUUGGAAACGCCACCUGCGUAACGCGUACCGGAUUUGCAUGCAGAGGAAGAUGCGAGGACAUGUAUGAUUUGACUUGGAAGAUAUGAUAUGUCAUAUAUAGUAGCAUAUAUUCGCAAGGCGAACCUGAUAGAGCAGAGCAGAGCAUAGCGUGUUCCCCUUUUAAUACUAGAGACGGCGUUUCUGCAGUACCUCCUCC